AUGCUUGCCCUCCUGCUCCUCCUCGUUCCCGCCAGCUCGUUGCCAGCGCCGGCGUCCGGCGAUGAAGGAGCCGUGCCGGUGAUCAACGCUUUCUCCCACUUCUGCAGCCCCACGAGCGAUGCCGAUGGACUCUACCAGCCCAACAGCACCUUCGCGGCCAACCUCGCCAGCAUGUCCGCGGUGCUCCCGAAGAACGCAUCGGCCUCCGGCUUCUCCGCUGGCGCGUUCGGCCGGGCGCCGGACACCGCGUACGGCUUGGCGCUCUGCCGCUGGGACUACACCGGCGACGACUGCGGCGCGUGCCUCUCCAGGGCGUUCAAGGACGCGGUGAACCUCUGCGGCCGCAGCAAGGACGUCACCAUCUAUCACGACCAGUGCCAUAUCCGGUUCUACGACCAGGACUUCCUCGCCGGCGCCGUGAACUCGCCCGAGAGCGUGGCGUCGAACAUGAACAACGUCUCCAGAGGGAACGUCGCCGCGUUCGACGGCCUGGUCACGAGGCUGGCCAACGCGGUGGCGGACAGGGCCAGCAACGUGAGCGGCAGGUACGCCACGGGCCAGGCCGGCUUCCCGCCGGACAAGAUCAACGUGUACGGCCUGGCACAGUGCACGCCGGACCUCACGACGGCUCAGUGCCAGGCCUGCCUCGCCGCCAUCAUCAAACAGAUGCCCAAGUUCUUGAGCGGGAGGGUGGGCGGGAGGAUUCUUGGGGUGCGCUGCGCCGUCAGGUACGAGAAGGAUAUCUUCUUCACGACCACCGGCGACAUGGUGACGCUCACGCCCCUGCUGGAUCCGUCCAAAGGGAGCAGCAACACGCACACGCUUUGGAUCGUGGCGAUAGCAGUCCCCAUAACCGUGCUCCUCUGCGGCUUCUUGGCAUGUUUCAUGUGGAUGAGAAGGCGAAGAAGAAGAGUGACCAAUCUCUCAGGGAGGGUGAACAUACCAACCAUGUCCAUGGAGAUGGAGCAGGUGCUCAAGCUAUGGAAAAUCGAAGAGAGCGACUCCGAGUUCUCGCUCUACGAUUUCGACCAGAUCGCAGACGCCACCAGAAACUUCUCCAACGACUACAAGCUCGGUCAGGGUGGCUUUGGCGCUGUUUACAGGGGUGAACUGCCUGGCGGGCUUGAGGUCGCAAUCAAGAGGCUCUCUACGUGCUCCGUGCAGGGGUUGAUGGAAUUCAAGACCGAGAUCCAGCUGAUCGCCAAGCUUCAGCACACCAACCUUGUCAGGCUCCUGGGCUGCUGCCUCCAGGCCGAGGAGAAGAUGCUCAUAUACGAGUACAUGCACAACAAAAGCUUGGAUUGCUUCAUCUUCGAUAGUGCGAAAGGGGCGAUACUGAACUGGGAGCGGCGCUUCCGAAUAAUCGAUGGGAUCGCGCAGGGGCUUCUUUACAUGCACAAGCAUUCCCGCUUGCGAGUUAUACACAGGGAUCUAAAAGCGAGCAACAUCCUCUUGGAUCGCGACAUGAACCCCAAGAUCUCGGACUUCGGUUUGGCGAGGAUAUUCUGCUCCAAUGUGACGGAGGCCAACACGACCAGGGUCGUCGGCACGCACGGCUACAUCGCUCCAGAGUAUGCUUCAGAGGGUCUCUUCUCCACCAAAUCCGACGUUUUCAGCUUCGGGGUCUUGCUCUUGGAGAUCAUAAGUGGGAAGAGGACUGCAGGCUUCUACCAGUACGGAAAAUUCUUCAAUCUCACAGGAUACGCUUAUCAGUUGUGGCAAGAGGCGAAAUGGCACGAGAUGGUCGAUCAGGUACUCGGGGUCGACUACCCGGUGACGGAGGUGAUGAAGUGCGUCCAGGUGGCGUUGUUGUGCGUCCAGGACAGCGCCGACGAUCGACCCAGCAUGUCCGAUGUCGUCGCCAUGCUCAGCGGCGAGGGGCUCACGCUGCCGGAGCCCCGACAGCCGGCCUACUUCAACGUUAGGUUAUCAAGCUUACCAGAGUCAAAUAGUUCCUUUGGUGAAUCGUCGUACAUCAGCAACGUCGCCUUGACUGAUGAAGACGGCAGAUAA